UGAUGCUCGUCUGUCCGGUGUUUUCCAAUAGUCUGCGAAAGUGACUAUCCUUUUAGUCAUAAGGUUCUUCAGCUUCGAAUUCUCCUUGGAUCACGGGUUUGUGUAAAAAGUGAAUUUCAAACGGCGAACCACUAAAUUAUUAUUCUCACAUUUCAUCAUUCAGGAGGAAGCAUUCUAUUCGGAUUUUCGAAUAUCGAACGUGAACUUGUCAGACCCGAGUUUCUGGACAGGGAGUCAUACAGAUCAAAUGUGUGGACUGAAAGUUUUUUUGUUGGCUCAUCCUCAAAUUUAACUUGUGAUAAUUUCUUCUUGAAGUUUCAUUGGAACCCAGUUUUAGUCGUGAUUUCCAGAUGUUACUUUUUGUGUUACCUUUUGACGCUUUUUGCUACGUAGACUUGCGCUCGUUCGAUCGGCACUGUUAAGCAUUGGUUUGUUUUGUCUGCUUGAUAUCUGGAGUGUCAAAUGAUAUUUUCAGACCGUGUGAGGAUUCACACUGCCCGAAGUAUUAUUAUAAUAUAUUUAUGCUAAUGAAUUAUACCACAAAAAAGUCCGCACGAUUUAAGAUAAAGAUUGUCCACAUCCCUUCAAACUGUUGUAAUUUGAAACGGUCAGAUGUUAAAAACAGGACCAAUGACAUUUGAUAUACUGAGCGACUAGCUUUCAACCACCAAUUAUAUUUCAACUUGAUACUUGUUCGGAAAGGAAAUAAUAGCAUAUGGAUAACACCAUAUCAAAAUUCUGUCAAUUAUUUUCAUAGGGAAUCGAUUUCUUGGCGUAUCGAUAUAUCAUUCGGAUCAUAUUUCCCUAGUUUUAUGUACGGGUAAUCCACACUUUUUCCAGGGCCAUGAAGGGUAACUACAGAGAUAACCUUGAGCUUUCUUGUCCUCAUCGAUCGUGCCAAUCACUUUUAUCGCGUGAAACGCCACCGCUAUGAUAUUACAAAUCGCUAUGACCAAACCCCAAACGCACAUUGUUUCACUUUGAUAUUCGCUGAGUCGAUGAACCUAAGGUUAAUCGUCUGGCGAAAGAUCUAGAUCUUGCCUAUCCAUCUGUUUGAUACAAACUAUUAAAGCAGCUAUCCAGACAAAGUCUAAAGCAAUUUCUUUUUCAAUCUCAUUGUUUGUCCAGUGAAAAAUACGUCCCUUUGCCUACCAACCAACCAACCAACAGCCCCAGGAGAAACCACUUUCGCAAUGUCUGACAAGCGAGGAAUUUUGCUUUGUUAGCAUGACUUUGGUUCAGAGGAUGAAAAUUUCGUUCAGAGUGCUGAUCUCAAGCUUAUUAGAAACAUUCUUUAUUUGACUCAAUCGCGUUUGGCUUACCUGCCGACAAUAGAAUUUUGCUGAUGAUCUAAAGUGUCUUGAGGAAAUCUACAAGGAUUCAAAUCUUAUCGUUUUGCCGCAAAAUUGACUAUUUCAAAAUUGACUAUUUCAUAAUUAACGAUUGAUCUGUAACGGAAAACUCCCCGCGUGUUGACUUGACUCAAUGUGGAUGAUAAUAUUUGGAUAGUCAAACAAUGCUUCAGCAGUUCUUCUGUUUGCGCAGUGUGGUAUUGCUAUUCUUGAUGCAGUAUCGGCAAACUUGAUGUCCUUUAACAGGUGAGCACUAUUUCGAUCUCCCAAUUCGUUAAAAAUAAGACAAAGCGAAGCAAAAUUGUCGUUAUGUUCAGACUCGAUGCCGCGAUUGAUCUUUGGAAAACGUGUGUGUUUUGACUUUAAUGAAGCAAUGCGAUUGGAAAGUCGAGCAGUGUUCAAGGAUUGUUUACGUUUGAUCAAUACAAUAUCGACAUUACUAAUGCUGUACCGAUAUCGGAAGACUUUGUGUACCUUUUAACAAAUGCACGCAAAUUUGAUCUUUGAUCCUACCAGCUUAUUAGAAUUUUCACGAAGGAAAAAGUAAAAGUUUAUUACAAACUUUGAUAAAGUGAUAUAACUUUGACAGAGAACUUAAGCGUUGACCUCAAUGAAGCGUUCUAAUAUAUCUGCAUUGCUUAUGGCGUUCAAGGAUACUAUGUAACACAUAUAUGUGGCCGGUCCCGAUCUAGAUUUUUGCUAUUCUUCGUCAGGGUGUAGUAGCGAUCUAUUCCGAGCCUCUACUCCUCAGCGACUUCAUACACAUUCAGAUGUAGCGCCAAUUCCGGCGACAGUCUGCUUGGUCUUCGGUACUUUCUCAAGAUACAUCUAUAGACCCUUGAAGCGACUGCCUUUCAUAAAUUAAGGUAAAGCAAGGGGCCUAUUUUGACUUAUUAUAAGCAUGCAGCGCGAUCACAUUUGGAAAGUCAAACAGGGUGCAUGGACUGCAUUCGUGGACAUGACGUGAAUUGUUUCUUUUUGUCGUAUUGAUGGAAAGACGUGUAUCAGAAAGAAUCGUAAAAUUCGACGGGACCUACAUGUCCAUGUAAAACAAAGUCAAUUUCGACAUAACUUUCGAUUUUGAUAAGUUAUAGAAAUGUUGAAAUCUAUCAACUUAUUACUAAAAUACAUUUUCAAUUAGAUUUGGUUCUUUGUCUGUUUGGAAUACAUUCAAGGAUCCGGCUGUCUACCAUAGCACUGUUUGAAAUUUGACUCUCUGUUUCGUCGUGCUUUGACCUCAAGAGGGAUAUUCGAAGACACUUGAAGUGAUUACUUUUAAAGGUUAAACGGGCUUGCUUUGACUUUAAGCUUGCAAUAAGAUUGUCUUUGAACUUUUACGAUCUACAAGGAUUCCAAUAUAGGGACUGUCUCAAGCGGUUGAACUCAACGAACCAGCAUGUUGGAUAAAUUGGAGACAGUCUAUAUCUCGGAGGAGACCCAAACGAACCGCCUCCACGAAGAAGCUUCGAAAUGCCUAGAUAGGAUUCACACAGAAGUCAAUCCCUUCAACGGGACGGCUUGCAAUGUAACAUGGGAUGGAGUGAGCUGCUGGGAGUACACACCGGCCGAUAGUGCGGCCAUACACAAUUGUCCUGAUUAUGUCAAUAAAUUUAACCCAAGUGCUUUUGCCCGGCGGACAUGCAUGGAAGAUGGAGAGUGGUUUGUCCAUCCCAGAUGGAACAGGUCUUGGACAAACUACACCGAGUGCAUUAUGCCCACAGAUACGUCAGAUGAGAAAUACCCCAACAUAUCAGAUACCAUGAAGAACCAUUUAGGCCGAAUUAAGUUGAUGUACAAUAUUGGAUACGGCGUGUCUUUGGUCUCACUCGUGACAGCGGUAAUCAUAAUGUUGACGUUAAAGCGUCUACGCUGCGCACGCAACACAAUCCACAUCCAUCUCUUCUGUUCGUUCAUCUUACGUUCACUCAUGUCCAUACUUAAAGACAAUCUAUUGGUCGAGGGACUUGGAUUCCCAAGUGACGUCACUUACACGUCAGAUGGCGACAUUUUGUUUCUCACACGAGGAUCACACUGGGAGUGCAAAUUCUUCUUCACCCUGAUAAAUUACUCCCUCACCGCCAACUAUGCCUGGAUCUUGGUGGAGGGCCUUUAUCUUUAUAUGCUCCUCUAUGUGACUGUCUUCUCAGAAAACACCAGCAUCGUCUCCUUUGCUAUUUUAGGUUGGGGUGUGCCGCUCAUCUCCAUCAUUCCGUGGGUGGUCACCCGAGCUCUGUUGGACGAUUCGCUCUGCUGGAAUGUCCAUCGGCACGUCCCAGGACUCUUCUGGAUUCUUAAAGGACCAAUUGUUCUUUCUGUCGUGAUUAAUUUCGUUUUCUUCGUGAGCAUUCUACGGGUUCUGUUCAGCAAAUUGGUGGCAAUAAACGCACCGGAAGCGAGAAAAGUUAGAUACAGGAAACUGGCUAAGAGUACCCUUGUCCUCAUUCCACUGUUUGGGGUCCACUACAUCUUGUUCAUCGGCCUACCAGAUGACGUAGACGAAACUGCCGAGAUCGUCAAGUUGUACUACGAGAUGUUCUUCAAUUCGUUCCAGGGGUUCUUCGUGGCGCUGUUGUUCUGUUUCCUGAACGGCGAGGUCCGGGGCGAGAUCAGAAAGAAGUGGCAAAGACACAACCUCCAGCGAUCGGGUCUGAGUACCACGAACUAUACAGGAUCAAUGAAGAUGAGCACGGUAUCAACCUUCACCGGCCGGAACCGAAACUCCAUCAACUCGUUGAGCUCCGAAGCAAAGCGCGAAACGCAACAACAUAACGGCCACAGCCAAUCACUGCUGAAUACGAACAAAGUCAGCUGCAUAUCAAAUGACGUCACGUGCCCAAUUACCAUAUUGCAAGAUCACGUGGUCGAUGCAACCAAUGAGGAGACGAAUUUGAUGCUUAGCGAGGAUGCGCCGGAUGUUUUGAAUGUCUGCUCCUUCUCAGAGCCGAGUCCUUAUGGGGAGACGACUGAGUGUAUUUCGCCUUCUCGUGGACCUAUCACAGCGCGGACUGCGAACUGGCGAUAAAAAGUUCGAGGAGAUGAGACAUUCUGGUGCUUUUGACUCAAAAUGUUACUAGUAAUUGUUUGUUUUCAUAUCGCACAUCUGCAUUGUCUGUACCGUUAGUGUUCCGUGGACUGCGAAGUCUGGCUUGUCAGGGAUGAGGAGUCCACCACGAGCGACUAAUUUGUUGUUUAUUUAAAAGCGGUUGGUCUUUGCGGGCCGACACAAAGUCCAAGGUGGAGUCUCGAUGUAACAUAUCAUGCAGUUGGCGUUACAAGUAAAGUAACGUGACUAGUCCGAGGUCACAAAAAACAAGUUGGUAUUGGGUACCGAGCCACGACGUUCGGUGAAAUAGAGCGAGUGACUGGCAAACGUACAAUGUACUAAGAUGGCUUCUCCGGGAUGGUUCUGGUUAUUGAGCAAAGUACAAUUAAAAAGGGGGCUCCGAGAAUAUAAAUUAGGGCUUUCAACCGUAGAGACUGAUAGAUAGACUAGCCCGUCUACGUUUCCCAUUCGUGUGCCAACAUUUUUCGGUAGCAAUUGCUUAAACCAGAUAUCUCAUUCAAUACAAGUAGACAAGCAAGAUAAAAGUUGAGACUGUGAGAGAAAAAAAGACUACUUUUGCAGAAUAUUUUAUUUGGAUUAUUCUAGACCGCGAGCAGAACGUGACAGAGCCGAGUUUACGGUAUAAAUAGCCAACCAUUAAUGAUUUUAAUCACAAAUAAUGUAUUUCACUCUCUGUAGAUAUGCCUAUACAUUGUGAUCAUGAUGUAGUUUAUGUUGUUUGAAAUCAAUUGUGCCGUCCGUGAGCUGUUAACAUAUCAAUGUUACGAUGUAUGUAUAUUUGAAUUAAUAUAUACAAAUUCAUAGUCCAUUAUUAUUCAAAGCGCUAGUUGUACAUGUAAGGUGAGUAGGGAUCUCGCUGACACCAUUAAUUCAAAAUGUCUGACGACACGGUUACA